AUGGUAUUUAACCUGAAGCCGUCUCUGGAAGAAGUCCAAGCUAUGGUCGCCGCCGACCAAGGCAACACCAUUCCCAUUUACGCUGAACUCGAAGCCGACUUUUUGACACCGGUUUCGGCUUAUCUCAAAGUGGCGGAUCGCUGCGAUUAUUCAUUCUUGUUGGAAUCGGUUGCCGGCGGUGAAACCAUUGGCCGUUACUCCUUCAUUGGUGCAGAACCUUACAAAUUAAUUCAGGUCGGCAAAGGAUUGGAUGUGGAAGGUGAUCCCUUAACAGCCAUUGAAAAGGAAUUGGCUCCUGUUCGAUACGUCAAAGUGCCUGGUCUCCCAAGCUUUACAGGUGGUGCGGUGGGAUAUAUUGGAUUCGAUUGCUUUCAAUAUUUCGAACCGAGCAUCAAGGGCGAAUUAGCUGAUCCUAUUGGUAUUCCCGAUGCCAUCUUUAUGCUGUGCGACACAUUGGUGGUGUUUGAUCGUGUACGUCACAUUGUGAAUGUGGUAUCGCACUAUCGCAGUGACGUCAAAGAUCCGGAAGCCGUGAAACGAGAAUACAUGAAAGCCGCCGAAGAAAUCGAAACUACAUUGACCUUGUUGAACGAAGAACAUAUUCCCAAAGUGCCUCAAGGUCCAAUUCAACUUGGCCAUGAAGCGAAAUCCAACGUCGGCAAGGAGGGUUACAUGAACUUUGUCAAGACGCUCAAACAUCACAUCAAGGAAGGCGAUAUUUUCCAGGCAGUACCAUCCCAACGUCUGGCACGACCUACCUCUCUUCAUCCAUUCAACGUCUACCGUCACCUCCGAUCCUUGAAUCCUUCUCCUUACAUGUUUUACGUCAACCUCAAAGAUUUCCAGAUCGUGGGUGCUUCACCUGAAAUGCUGACGAAAAUUCAGGACCGUAUCGCAUACACGCAUCCCAUUGCCGGUACGCGUAAGCGCGGAAAGACACCGCAGGAAGAUCAAGCUUUGGCCGAUGAUUUACUAAGCGAUCCAAAGGAACGCGCUGAACACGUGAUGUUGGUGGAUCUGGGUCGUAACGAUGUCAACCGAGUAUGCAAACCCGAGACCGUCAAGGUCGACAAACUGAUGCAGAUCGAGUACUAUUCCCAUGUCAUGCACAUUGUUUCCAAUGUGUCGGGUGAAUUACGGGACGAUAAGACCCCAUUUGACGCCUUCCGUGCGAUCUUCCCGGCCGGUACGGUGUCUGGUGCACCAAAGAUUAAAGCCAUUGAACUUAUUCGAGGCCUCGAAAAGGAGAAACGUGGUGUCUACGCUGGUUCGGUCGGUCAUUUCGACUAUUCCGGUGAUUUGGAUACCUGCAUCGCUAUCCGUACUAUGCUAUUUAAGGAAGGUGUUGCAUAUUUGCAAGCUGGAGGUGGUAUCGUAUUUGAUUCGGUGGAAGAAGAUGAAUAUCAAGAAACCAUGAAUAAGAUGGGAUCCAAUUUGGCGACCAUCGAACAAUGCGAACAAAAGAUCUAUGAACAACAACAACAGCAAGGAAAGGUCUAA